AUGGUAUUCAUUAAUGAAAGUCAUCCUCAGGAGUUCAUUCUAUUAGGUUUUGCUGACCUGCCUUGGCUGGAUCUUCCUCUAUUCGUUAUUCUUCUGAUCACAUACCCCAUCGCCAUGAUGGGAAACAUCGCCAUCAUCCUGGUGUCCAGGUUAGACCCCCGGCUCCACAGCCCCAUGUACUUCUUCCUCACCAACCUCUCCUUUUUGGACAUGUGUUACACCACCAGCAUCGUCCCUCAGAUGCUGUUCAACCUGGGAAGUUCUAGGAAGACAAUCAGUUAUGUGGGGUGUGCCCUGCAGCUUUAUUUAUUCAGCACAAUGGGGGCCACUGAAUGUCUUCUACUGGCAAUUAUGUCCUUUGACCGCUACGUGGCCAUUUGUAAGCCUCUGCAUUAUACCCUCAUCAUGAACCAGCGCCUCUGCUUCCUAUUAGUGUCCAUUAUGUGGCUGUGUGGAAUUACCUAUGCCAUAUCUGAAGCCACCUUUACGUUACAGUUGCCUCUGUGCGGCGUCAAUCAACUCGAUCACUUGUUGUGCGAGAUUCCAGUUCUGAUCAAGACAGCCUGUGGUGAAAAGGAGGCAAAUGAGCUUGCACUCUCUGUGGCAUGCAUCUUUAUAAUAGCUGUUCCUCUGUGCUUAAUUCUAGCCUCCUAUGCUACUAUUGGACGUGCUAUAUUGAAGAUCAAAUCUUCUGAGGGCAGGAAGAAAGCUUUUGGUACAUGCUCCACUCACCUCAUUAUAGUUUCCUUAUUUUAUGGGCCCGCCAUUAGCAUGUAUCUUCAGCCUCCAUCUUCCAUCUCAAGGGACCAACCCAAAUUUAUGGCUCUUUUCUAUGGGGUCGUAAUUCCUACACUCAACCCUUUUAUCUACACCUUGAGGAAUAAGGAUGUAAAGGGGGCCUUAGGCAACCUGGUGAGGAAUAUGUUCAGUUCUAAAUGA